CAAUAUCUGAUACAAUAUUGACUGUCCAGUACUUUGGGAUGUCCUUCUGGCGUGAAAACAACACUGUACUCACGUAGCUCCGCCUGGAGCAGACAGGAAUUCUCGUCCAGCUAUUGGGAUCCCGAAGGAGGGAGAGGGAGAAGGGCAGACCACGUGCGGACUGUUGCUGCUUCUGAGUGGGUGAAACUGAGAAUUGAAAAAUAAAGUUGAGCCCUGAGCAGCGGAGAUACACACGACACAGACAAUCAACCUCAGGUCGGACCGAGAAAAGACUGAGAGGCUGUCCUCAUGAGCGACCCACGCAACGCAAAUGCAACCGGCUGCAAGGCUAACCUGUGGCAGAAAUACGAUGGAAUGCAACAUUCCCAAGGUUUCAAAAUCCUCAAGAACAAAUCUGGGCUCAUCCCGCCCUGGGAUGGGAUUGCGGAGCAGGUCGCACACACAGAGGAUGACGGCAUCAAAUUCAGCCUUGUGCGCUACAGACAAAUGGACGCGUCUUUGGUUAAAGGGUUUCCUGUGGCAAUUCAAGUUCAUGUUUCUGAGAAAGUCUAUCACAUCUGCUGCGACAAGGAAGAGAACCGUAAAGUUCUGAAAUUCAAGGAAGGUAUUGCACCAACAGGAGUGGUGUACGAGAUGAGGAACAUAAUCUUUUACCGUCGGCAGUUCGAGGGGAGGUAUUGCAAGUUCGAGUCAGCUUGUGAGAGCGGCUGGUUUCUGUGCACGGAGCAGACGGACGGGCAAUACAAGAUGGCCCUGAAGAAACCGGAGAGAGAAGUGGACGAGACCUUAGUGGUAUCCGUCGACUGACUCUCCAAGAGAUGUUCUCUCCCCUCAAAAACUCCCUUCUUUCUGCUUCUCCCCCACCCCCACCAACACCCUCGGCUCAGAAAACGACCUCUCCUCUUCCCCCAAUGCAGCAAACGAUGCCUCGCUUCCCAGAGCAGAGAGCUUCCACACUCAGCACGGCUCAUAGUCGCAACAUCAACUUAAAAUUAAUUAAUAACGAGCCGUCGCCGUUGCAGCUUCGCUUGCAACCAAAGGAUCCAAUAUGGAAUGCAGAUUGACACACAAGACGAGACAUUUUAUGUUCAUCUAUACUCAGCUGGGAGGACUCCUGUGGGAGGACUAGUGGUUGGAGUGCAUACAUGUGAUGAGCUUCUCUGGUCAUAGCUUUUCUUUCACUACUUUUUUGCAGUAUAUAUUAGUAUAAACGUAUCUUUCUAGAAGGGCGUGAUUUCCUCUCUGCCUACUUUGUUGCUACCAUGCGUACCUCACAUUUUGGGGUUUAAUUAAAGCAUUUUUCUAAAUAUAGCCCAACGACGAUAAGAGAUCUCUGAAAAAAAAUAUGCCCAUGACACUCCCCCACACAAGACCUUUCCGAUGAGGUGUAAAUGUCUCUACGUCAAACAGUUAUUGCGUACUUGGCGGACAGACACACACACAGACACACAC